UAUACAUUUUACAUAUAAAUAAAUAAAGACACGUUUAAAUAUUUUAAGUAUAAUUAAAAUGUCGGAGAAGAAUACGAAAAGAAAACUCGCUGAUAUUCCGCUGACAAGGCCCGGGUUCGACUCCCUGGCGAUGUCGGCGCCCACGCUCGUGCAGAUGAACCCUCAGGGCCAGUGGGAGAACAAGACGCCGGACGAAAACGACGCGGAAAAUAAGCAAUUGAAAGCCAUCAUAAAAUACUUGAUAGACAGCAAGGCCGUGUCCGCUGCUCAGAGUUACUGCUGCCAAUGCGCGGACCAGCAUCAGCUUCAAGAUGGCGACAAGUUGAGCUACGUGCCGGUGAUCAUGAUGCCGCUGAGCGCGGCCGAGGACUGUCCCUUCGACAUGGACUGCGAGGUGCAGAAGAUUAAGGAGACGUCGACCAAGAAAGAGACAUCACAGAAAACGCUAGUGAAAGAGGUAGAAAAGGAAAAGGAAAAACAAAAAACUAAGAAACGUGGUUACGUUUUACAGAGAUUGACAGAUUUCGACCUUCUAUCACAGUGGUAGCCCUAAGCAUCGCCAAAUUAAUAGUCCUUUGUGUUGAGAAAUGUCUAAAUGUGCAAUGAUUAAUUAAAUCGA